CUUAUGCGCCUUUCCUUGCGCUUGCGUGCGAACAAGCGCACCAGAACGUUCUAUGAUAAAUUGUUUGAAUCCUCAUGUAAAUAAAGUCACGUAUGUUUUUAUCAGUGAAAUCAAGUUUAACCUAAACAAUAAUAUUCAAACAGUUAAGAUAAACAGAAACAAAACUAAAAUUUCUUGAAAUAAAAAUGGUAAAAAUAGGAUUAAAAUUUCAAGCAACAUUAGAAAACAUUGAAGAGUUAAAUCCAACAGAUCCAAAUUUUCGUUGGGGUUUUAAAUUAAAAUGUUCCAAUUGCAAUGAAUCAACUGACAAGUGGAAUUAUUUAUCAUUAAGCGAAGAAGUACCAGCACCUCAUGGCAAAGAUAUUCAUCAUCUAGUAUCCAAAUGUAAACUUUGCUUACGUAUCAAUACCGUAACAAUAAUUGAAGAUUCAAUAAAAAAAUACACUGCGGAAGACAGCGAGAAAUUCAAAACAAUAGCAGUGUUUGAUUGUCGAGGAUCAGAACCUACGGAAUUUUCACCAGGAGGUGGAUGGGCCGUCAAGGCCGUUGACGAUGGAACGGAGUUUGAAGAUGUUGAUUUGAGUGAUCUUCCCUGGGCUGACUACUGCGAUAAAAUUAAAAAACCAGUUAGUGUUGAUGACAUCAGAUAUGAAUUUGAAAAAGUCAAGUAAUUGUCAUUUUUUUUUUUUUAUUAUUGAUUAAAGAUAUGAUUUAUUUGUACCAAGGAUUAAUGAUAGUGAAGUUAGCCGGCAUAUAAUUAUUUUUGAAUUUUUCAAAACGAUAAAUCAUAAAAAAAAAAUUUUUUUAAAUUGCUUCUAAACUUUUUAAUUUUCUACAUGUGCAUAUUUUUGGUUUGUUUUUUAGCAAAUGAUUUGUUAAAAAAAAAAAAGUUAGAAAAUUGUUAAUUGUCUGCUAACUUCAGAAUCAUGGAUUAAUGAUACAAAAGUUAGCCGGCAUCUAAUUUUUUUUUAAUUUUUCAAAACGAUAAAUUAAGAAAAAUAAUUACAUCUACAGUUUUUAUAAUUUUCUACAUGUGCAUAUUUUUUUUUUUUGCAAAUGAUUUGUU